AUGGAGAUUGAUGAACAUCAACAGUACCAAUAUGGUACCCCUCGACAGGGCAACCUUUUCAAACGUCCGCGUCGCAGUCUACAAAGCUCUACUACAACCUUGGGCAGUGUCACCGAAAGCGUAACAUCAUCGCCACGACAUUCUGGCCAGGGCCAGGUCGCGCCUCAAUUAUUCGAUCACAUCAAUGCCUUGAAGCACCUCGACGAUCAACAAAUACUCAUGCUCUUGCACACGGCGCGUGGAGGAGGUCAGUGUACGCGCAUUCCCGACCACGCAUUUACUGAUGUGUCUUCAGAUGGCUUGCGUCUUUCGGGUGCCGACAGGUCGUCCAUGUCGACGGUCGGAAGCCGUGCUUCUUCAUACUUGAGUGUGCCCUCUAGCAGAGUACCCAGCAUGCUAUCUGAUCCUCGUUCAUCUGUCGCAUCGACCGACUCGUCCUUCACGCAAUACAGCGCAGCAUCCUCGCGUCUAUCUACCGCAUCCUCUCGUCUAUCUACCGCAUCCUCUCGUCUCUCUACCAUUUCCACUGCUUCCACACCUGCGCCCAAGAAUUUCGCAUGCACAUUCUGUGACAAGGCCUUGAAGUCGAAGCCGUACUGGAAGUCGCAUGAAGAAGAGUUUCACGAACAACGACUCACGUGGCGUUGUCCAGACUGUGAACAGAUCUUCCACGCCGGGAAACGCUUCCGGGAGCACCACACCAAACUCCAUGGUUGUGAGCACUGUAAGCAACCACGGGAGAGUGGACAGCCCACAAGUCGAAAAGCCUCGCCUUGCGUCAAGAAGUAUGAGAUUGUCAUGCAUGACAAGGAUGCUUGGGGUUGCGGUUUCUGUGCAAGUCUAUUGACUACCUGGGAAGAGAGGUGCGAACACAUUGCAUCGCAUUUCGAAGAGAAAGGUGCUACCAAGUGGAAUUUCACCAAUGUUAUUCUUGGCUUGUUGAAGCAGAACGAGGUUGCUCAAGCAUGGCAACAGAUGAUGUCACAACGGCAUGGAGAUGAACAGAACUGGCCGACACUUUCCUGGGAGUCGAAAAAGUGCAACCGUCUGCGAUACAAGCUGGAGACGAAAUGGGACACAAGGGCCUUCGACAUCGAAAAACUGGUGCAGGACACCUAUGACUUGGCCGAGAUUGAUGUCAAGGACUUCAUCGAGCCAGCAGCUGAAGCCACACCCGAGGCUUCUGAGCCCCCUAAUUCCAGCCACGGCGAGAUGGUCGAGUUCAAACUGGAAACGUCCGAUUACGGCUCCGACCAAAGGAUGCACAGCUCACAUGGGUUACCGCAUGAGCAUUCCAUGAUGGAUAUUGAUUCGGUAGAGACAUCGCACUCUAUGCACCACCAAAGUAUGCCGCAGACGCAUUGGCCCGUCACUCAGGACAUGUCCCAAACCCAUAUAGGCACCGCUACAGACAUGGGGGCAUACCAAGGCUUCGACACCAACAUGACCACUAUGUCAGCAGACUUUUCCCAGCCUUUGGCUCAAAACUUUCCGCAGCAACAGACUUGGCCCGAUGCCGGUUUUGCGUCAACACCAGAUCUAAUGAACUACCAGCAGCCCACAGCCUUUAUCAACUAUGAUCAGCCCAAGGAGAUGGUCUCGGUGCCAACAUCACAGUAUGCCAACUUUGCGCACUACCCACGCCAAAGUCUUCCACCAAACUUCCUCGAACAACAGCAGCAAGCCGGUGCUCCGAUGACGCCACCAAACUCGCGACGCUUUGUUCCGAAACUCAUCAGUAUCUCCCACAACUCCAGCCAUCGUGGCUUGCAGCAGGAACACCCGCCGCCUCCGCCACCCAAGGAUGAGCAUUCGCAGAAUCGGUUCUCGCGAAUGAUCAUGAGACGAAGGCCUAGUAACAUUUCGCAGCACAGCCUCGUUUCGCAACGAGACAUGGGCGGGACUUGGGGUGAUGAGCUGACCUGGGGAUAA